AUGGACAGAGGGAGAAGGGGGAAAGAAGAGGAGGAGGACAGAGGGAGAAGGGGGAAAGAAGAGGAGGUGGACAGAGGGAGAAGGGGGCAGGAGGAAGAGGAGGACUGUGGGAGAAGGGGGCAUGAGGAGGAGGAGAUGGACAGAGGGAGAAGGUGGCAGGAGGAGGAGGAGGUAGACAGAAGGUGGCAGGAGGAGGAGGUUGACAGAGGGAGAAGGUGGCAGGAGGAGGAGGAGGUGGACAGAGGGAGAAGGUGGCAGGAGGAGGAGGAGGUGGACAGAGGGAGAAGUGGGCAGGAGGAGGAGGUGGACAGAGGGAGACGUGGGCAGGAGGAGGAGGUGGACAGAGGGAGACGUGGGCAGGAGGAGGAGGUGGACAGAGGGAGACAUGGGCAGGAGGAGGAGGUGGACAGAGGGAGACGUGGGCAGGAGGAGGAGGUGGACAGAGGGAGACGUGGGCAGGAGGAGGAGGUGGACAGAGGGAGACGUGGGCAGGAGGAGGAGGUGGACAGAGGGUGA